CUGUCAUCAUCUUCUUGCUGGUGAAUGAUGGUGAAAAUAGAAAAGGAAAAUAAGAAUAGUUAAAACUACUUCUUAAAAAUCCAGAACACCAUAUUAGAGGCAAUAAAUGAAGAAAAUAUUUUGAUGAAUCCUUUGCUGAUGUUCUUGGGCAGGAGCCCUAAUCUGUUACAGCAUAAAUCCCAGUUAGCCUCCCAGAUCUGUCAAAAUGAGUUUACGGAAACAAACUCCAAGUGAUUUCUUGAAACAAAUCAUUGGGAGACCAGUUGUUGUAAAGUUGAAUUCUGGAGUUGAUUAUCGAGGUGUUCUGGCUUGCUUGGAUGGGUACAUGAAUAUAGCUCUGGAGCAGACAGAGGAGUAUGUAAAUGGGCAACUAAAGAAUAAAUAUGGGGAUGCUUUCAUCAGAGGAAACAAUGUUUUGUAUAUAAGUACACAGAAGAGGAGAAUGUGAGCAUACCUGAAGAUGGAACAUUUUUGUAUUGCAACUUUAGUUUCUUAACAUUAUUUUGUUUGUUACUGGCAAUUCUUCAGUGAACAAGGUUAUUUCAUUUUGUUGUAAAAGUUACGUGGCCUGUAAGAAAGGAUGGUUAUUUUUUAUAUGUAAUAACAAAAUGGAAUAUUGCUGACAGAGUUUGGAAUACAUCUUGUGUUAUAAUUUGGAAUGAAAUAAACUUGGAAAAGAAUAUGA